GCCGAAUCACGUUUAAACGCACAAAAUCAAAUUGGUUUAACACCAUUAAUGGAAUCUGUAUCAUAUAAUCAACGAGAAGCUGUUAGCUUAUUGAUAAAACAUAAAGAUAUUGAUUUGUAUAAAAGAGAUUUUUGCACUGGUGAUACAGCUUUACAUAUUGCUGUGAAAAAGAAUUAUAUACAUAUUGUAGAAAUAUUAUUAAGAGCAG